AUGGCAGGAGAUUGCGCACAAGUUGGGCGAGAUUUGAAAGACAUGUCGGAAGAAGACCUCUGGGAACUAAUCAACGACAACAGGCACAAGAUUUCACUGGAUGUUCGUCCGAGUCGGGUCAUUCCUUACCUGAGGCAGGCCAGGGUGCUGACCGAGGUGGAUGAAGACGAGAUCCUGUCAUGCCACAAACUCUCCAACCGCUCCAUGAGGACAAGCUACAUGCUGGAUCUCCUGCGGACUCAGGGCCGGAAUGGAGCAGUGGCGUUACUGGACAGUCUGAUGAUCCACUACCCCACGCUCUACACCCAAGUGACGGGACGCAAGCCCAGCACCGAGCCAUCGCGCUUCAGUGGUCUGAUAAAGUACUCGGAGCUGACGGAGUACCUGGUCCGUGCCGUCACCGGGAUGCAGAAGGAGCUGCAGGACGCGCGCUAUGAGGCCAGCCGCAUGACCGCACGCUGCUCCACUCUGGAAACCGAGCUCGCACAGAUCAUGGAGCACGAGGCCAAGACCCAAUGCCUUCAGUCUGAAAAUGAGCGCAUGCAGAGGCAGUUUAGGGCUCUACAACGAGAGAUCGCCAAGAUGAAAGAGGAAAAAUGUGAUUUCUAUGUGCGUUACACCACAGCGAUAGAGGAGAAAUCUGCGCUCAACAUCCGCCUCCAUGAUCUCACGCUACAGAUGUACCAGGUCCAGACAGAUUUGCAGAAAGCCCUAAGUGAGAAUGAAAACCAGAGGAAGUGCUCGUUGAGGUGCAGGUCUGCACUGGACCCUAAGCUCCAGGCCGAGGUUCUGAGUCUGCGCUGUCAGCUGGAGAAGGCCGAGAAGCUGGACCCAGCUCGUAACGACAUUUUGGCCCAGGACUUGGCUGAAGCUAUCGGGAGCCAAGCGGAACUAGCCGAGCAGCUGCAGACCUACAGAGAGGAGAACGAACACCUGCUCCGAGACAAGCAAAUGCUGCUGGAGCAGAAGGAGUCUCUGGGCCUACAGGUGCAGCAGCUGAGCCUGGACUGCUCCAUGCAUGAGCAGAAGGCCGCCGUGAUCCAGGAGCAGAUGAGGGAGCUGCAGGAAGAGCGACACCAGGCUUACCAGUCACGAGACGAGGCCCAGGCCAUGAUCACUCGUAUCCUGACGGAGAAGGACUGUCUGAGGUCACAGCUGGUGGAGCUGCAGGAGAGACUGUUCUGCUUGAAGGCCGUGCACAGAUCCAGGGAGAGGAGGCAGAGCUCUGAUGACUUGGGGAGCAGCUGGGGAAGUCCAAGCUCCAAUUGUGAGGAGUCACCGUUCCCAAAUAGACGCAGACUCUGCCGGAUGGAUGCAGUGAAUCCCAUGUCCAUUUUGGAGGGUGAAGAUCUGGCAGCGUGCAGUGUCCGUUCCCGUACGGUGGAGCCUCCCUGUCCAGAGUCCCUGCGGCGGAGGGAGGAGGCCCUGCACAGAGACAACAGCCUGGAAAAUGCUGAAACCGAUCCUCUAUUAGACGACUUUGUCUUCCUGCCUCUCGCUAAGGAUGAGGACAAGCAGACGCUCAAGGAUUCUUAUCCGGAUGGCACCAGCUUUGACAAACUUUCCGAGACCUCUGCUCCUCCUUUCCUCGUGCGCUCUCGUCCUAAAGCCCUCCGCAUCAACGGCCGUGUCCUGACCAUCUCCUUCCAGGGAGAGAGUAUGCUGCAGCAGCUGUCUGUGGUGGGCGGCAACAAGACGGGAGUGUUCGUGCACGAGGUGAAGGAGGGCAGCGCGGCUCACAUGGUCGGGAUCAGCACCGGAUCUCAAGUGGUGGAGGUGAAAUAUGAGCAGAAAGAGAAAGCCUUGAGAAUGGUCCUGGAGGAUUCGACUCUGGAGGAGGCGGUUUGGGCGCUUGGUCAAGUCACAGGCUUCUGCCACCUCUCUCUGCGGCCACGGCCAGAUGACUACCAGGGCUUACUGCAGCAGCUCCAGACCAGCACCAUUUCCUCUGGAGACUCCCUGUAUGUGCGGGUGAACAUGUCCCUGAGCUCGGGCAGCGGCGGAACUCUGGCCGUGUCCUGUAACGACAUCCUUCACGUCACAAAUACGUGUCCGACCGGAGCCUCUGACUCCUGGGAGGCCAGUCAGGUGCACCCCUGCCAGCUGCUGCACCUCCAGAGCGGGACAGUGCCAAACUAUUUCAGAGCACAAGGACUUCUGAUCCGGGCACUUGAGAAUAUGAAUUUCCAAACCAAGUCUCAAAAGUCCGGACGUGCAGCGCCUCGAGAACAAAGCGUCAGAAUUGUGACCACGGGUCGCCAGGGAAGAAACCCUCUGUGGGUCAGCUUUGAGAACGAAGGGGGCUCAGAGUCUGGCAACACCACGUCCAAAAGCUGUGUCUCCCUCAUGCCUUACACCCUGGUCACUCCACACAUCCCACCCGUGUGCAGACCCAUCCUGCUCCUGCCCUCCCUCUUGGGACGAGUCCUGGAGAAGAAGGUGGUGGGAUGGGAGGGAUUUCAGCUGCUCGAGCCAGAGAAGCUGAGUCCGACGGAGCAUGCGGCCCGACUGCAGAAGUCUGAGAUUCUGGAGGAGUGUGACCAGUCGGAAAACACCCACUACACCACUCUGAGUGUCGAGAAAAUUAUGAAAAAGGGGCUUCACUGCGUGCUGCCGCUGGGUCUGGACUGUGUGCGGAGACUGCACCGAGCCGACAUCUAUCCCAUCAUCAUUUUCAUUGGACAGAGCCCCCGCAGCACCCACAAGCUCAGGUCUAAACUGCAGAGACACGGACACACAGAGGAGCAGCUCUUGGCCUGUUCACACAGUGAGGAGCCGCUUCUGGACAAACUGCCCUGUCUGUACCACAGCAUGGCUCCAGACUCCUGGUGCGACUGCAGCUCUCUGCUCACACGCCUGCGCAGUGUCAUCUGGGAAGAGCAGAAGAAGAUUGUGUGGGUGGAGCCCGAUCUGUGGUGA